GUCUAUGUUCCCCAAAUAGUGUUUUCUGUCUGGAUGUCUUCCUUGGGGCAGGGAAGAAGAACCAGUUAGUAACUCAGUGACUGCUGCAUCUUUGACCCAGAUACCUUAUAGGGCUGCUUUUCAGAUAAUUGGCUUAGGCCCAGUGGAAUCCCUGAUAAGUGGGAGACUAAAAUAGCUUCCAUUUCACCUGACAUUUGUCCACUGUGUGAGGCCUACACUAUCCUGGUACACUGCAGGAGUCACACAACUGAUAUGGGCAGGGGAUAGCCAGCAAAUUAUUGUGGACACCUCAGACUUUCUUUUCUAGGGAAGACUUUCUCCUAUUGCCUAAGAGCCUCUAGUCUUUGGACUUUAUUUCCCAAGGUAUAAAUUACCUCUGUCAUCACUGAAUGACAGUAGGCUUGUUUGUGCUGGAAGUGUCUCCAACUCUAAAAUAAACAGCAUAUCUUGCAGUUGGGCAGUGUGGUAAUUCUCAUUAUUUGUUUCCUGUUACUUUUUGUUGUGCUCACCAAACUUCCGCUUUCCUCUCUCUUCACAAGACAUUUUUUAGAAUUAGAGACAAAACCAAGAAGAGGAAACCUUUGCAACCCUUCCUUCUAGAAGAAUGUAUUUUCUGGUGAUCCUGGCUUUUCUAGGACAAAUUACUGGUGAGACUUUCUUUCAUCAUUAUGAAAAUGGAAAUUUCACACUUACGUGCAAUGGAACAGUGGCUAAUGGGAAGAAGGAAACAGUUUGGUAUGAAGCUGAAGAAUCUCUGCAACAAUUCCAAGUAAUCUACUGCAGUAAUCAACAGCCCAAAGUAAUCAAUGGACCAAACAAAUGCUCUGAUAAAACAAAGUGUACAAACCGAUUAUCAACUUCUGCUUCCAAAGCAGGUGGGGUAUUUGCAUGUGAGCAAUUUACAAAUACUGGAACAUCACAGACUUGCCCACUUUUUACCAAUGUGACUCACUGCAGACAUUAUAACUUUUUUAUUGUGGUGAUGAUAAACCUGACUGCAGAUAAGGAGACAUUUGAGACCAUUCCAGCAAAAUCACACAAUAAUCAUUUAGUAGUAGAAGAAAGUAACAUCACUCUCUCUUGUGAAUUUCAAAUGAAGCAAGCAGGAGGAACAUUUGUUAUAUAUUGGAUCAAAUAUACAGAAACAAGCAAAUGUCUGUUUUCUGCUGUGAGAGAGCCAUAUAGUUUCUUGUAUAAUACACAUUGCUGUAUUGAUGAGAUGAUCGAAGGACGACUAUUGAACUAUAUAAGCUUAGAUUCAGAUGAGAAACAUGUAGUCCAUAAUAUGACCAUCUUGAAUGUUACUGACUCUGACAGUGGAACUUAUUUAUGUGUUGUAAAUACCUGGUCAAGAAAUAAAUAUGUGUGGAAGAUUGCAAAUAACCUUUCUAUGGAAGUGAGGAAUCGAGCCAUUCCAUCCUCUGCUUCCGUGCCAUUGUAUGCCACCACUGGAUUGAUCGUAGGGAUUAUCAUCAUCAGUGGGAUAGCAUGGCUGGUCUAUAAAAAGAAAAUCAAAUCAAAAGGAAAGCCAUCUGCACAAAUUCCCAGAGCUCAGGCUGCUCUUGAAAUUCCAGGAGAUGAAUGCUCCCCGUAUAGAAUGAGCAGCAGCAAAGACUUGCAAACAUAUGAAGUGUUGUGUACAAGUGAGGACCCAAAUGCAGCCUAUUGUACGUUGGAUAACACUGCAGCAUCUGGCAAGGGGCCAGGAGAUGAAGUCUAUGAUAUAGCCUAUGAAGUGGGGCCACAAUAGCUGUUCCUAGGAGCUGGAGAAUGGAAGUUGGUUUGAAAAUGACUAUGAACUUUUGGCUGAAUUUAG